AUGGGCGGUUUGGGAAAGACAGCCUUAGCUAAACUGGUGUGUCAUAAAGCUAUAGAAAGAAAUCUUUUUGACAACAAAAUAUGGGUUUGUGUUUCUGAUAACUUUAAUGAACAAAAAAUAUUGGGAGAAAUGUUGCAAACUUUCAAUGUAUAUGCGGGUGGAGUGACCAACAUGGGUGCAAUACUUAAAGAGCUUGAAAAGCGGUGGGAUGAUUUUAAGACUCGUUUGGAAAGUAUUAGCAAAAACAAUGGCAAUGUUGUUGUUGUCACGACUCGUAGCGAGGAAGUGGCAUCAAUAGUGGAGACUUCUACUAAUCAUAGGCAUGCAGUAAAUUUGUUGUCUGAUGAUGAAUAUGUGGUGAGGGAUGAAUAUGGGAAUAUUGGAAAGUGCAAAAUGUAUGAUCUUGUGCAUGAUCUUGCAUUAUCGCUUUUAAAGUAUGAAACAUUGACUUUGAAAAAUUGUUCAACUAGUGAUGAUUUAUCUUUCGCUCAUCAUUUAUAUGUGGAUUGUCAAAAUGCAAUAACUUCACUGGCAUUUCCAAAAGGUGGUUCUAAGAAGCUGCGUAGUUUAUACAUGAAUGGUAUUGUGUUUGAUGGGUCUUAG